AUGACAACAGAUGCUAGCAUCAACAUGAAUGAGACUUUGACUGAAUUCAAUGGCUGUUUUGAGAUGAAACAUUUGAAUUAUAAACCAAGCACCUCUUAUCCACCUCUAUGUGUAAUAUUAUAUGGUUUCCUAACUCUCUUGUCUCUUGUCACGGUGUGUGGAAACUUCCUUGUAAUACUGUCUGUCAUUUACUUUAAACAGAUGCACACUCCUACUAACACUCUCAUUCUGUCCCUGGCUGUGGCUGACCUGUUGGUUGGCAUGUUUGUUUUCCCUCUCAGGAUGUUUUAUUCUCUCAGUGCCUGUAUGUAUAAUGUCAGUUUAUUUUGUAAGAUAAGGGACAGCUUUGAUAUAUUAUUCAGCCAAUGCUCUAUCCUGCACCUGUGCUGCAUUUCUGUGGACAGAUAUCAGGCAGUGUGUCAGCCUUUAACAUAUAAAUCUAAAAUCAAUGGUCGUGUUGUCUUCAUCAUGAUUACUAUGAAACAUUUGAAUUAUAAACCAAGCACCUCUUAUCCACCUCUAUGUGUAAUAUUAUACGGUUUCCUAACUUUCUUGUCUCUUGUCACCAUGUGUGGAAACUUCCUUGUAAUACUGUCAGUCAUUUACUUUAAACAGAUGCACACUCCUACUAACACUCUCAUUCUGUCCCUGGCUGUGGCUGACAUGUUGGUUGGCAUGUUUGCUUUCCCUCUCAGGAUGUUUUAUUCUCUCAGUGCGUGUAUGUAUGAUGUCGGUAUAUUUUGUAAGAUAAGGGACAGCUUUGAUAUAUUGUUCAGCCUAUGCUCUAUCAUGCACCUGUGCUGCAUUUCUGUGGACAGAUAUCACGCAGUGUGUCAGCCUUUAACAUAUAAAUCUAAAAUCAAUGGCCGGGUUGUCUUCAUCAUGAUCGCUGUGAGCUGGGGUGUUUCUGUGUUCGUUGCUAUCACUGUUGUACAAACUAGAUCUACCAAUGAUGACUGUCAGGACAUGUGCUUUAUUGACGUUAUCAUGGCAAACAUUGUUGCACCUUUGCUGUCAUUUUACCUUCCUAUUCUCAUAAUGCUUUGCAUUUACCUGAAGAUAUUUGUUGUUGCACAGAGACAGGUACGAAGCAUCCAAGCAAAGAUGAAGCCUGGAGCAACUGUCAGUAAGAUGGAGAGAAAAGCCACCAAAACUCUGGCUAUUGUUUUAGGAGUUUUUGUGUUUUGCUGGGCUCCUUUCUUUCUUUUCCUAACUUUUAGAACUGUUGGAAAUAAUCCAGCACCCGUUCAUGUGAUUGAAACAGUGGCUUGGCUUGGACUGUCAAACUCUACUCUGAAUCCUUUUAUCUAUGGUUUCUUUUAUAGCUGGUUCAGAUCAGCCUUUAAAAUUAUUGUUUCUGGGAAAAUCCUAAAAGGGCACUAUAUUAACCUGAAGUUGCAUUGA